CUCUCCCCCAGCCUCCUCCUCCUCCUGCCUCCACCACUCCCGCAACUUUGUCGGGCCGCGGGGGGGCCUCACGGCUCAGUGAGUGACGCCGCGAGGAGUGAGGGAGCCGAGGACGGCAUGCGAGGGGGGCACGGCCGCGCGGAGCGGCCCACACAGCGUGGCGGAGGAGGCGGCACGGACAG